GGAAUGUCCGAGUAUCACGCUACAGCAUGGGAAAGACUAGGCAAAUUCGGAAGUUUGCAGCAAUGAAGCGAAUGAUAUCACUGACGGAUUCACGAAUAAAGAAAAAAGACCGGGUCAAAAAAGUCACACCCUUCAAGCAAGAUACUUCACAUCACAUGUCGGUAAAACACAAUCCAGAGGUGUUUCCGUGUCUUAAGGAUUCCUAUAAUGAGGCCCUAGGACCGCCUUACCACAUACUUUUGGAUACCAAUUAUGUCAAUUUUUCCAUCAAGAACCGACUAGAUCUUUUCAAGUCAUCAAUGGACUGUUUACUAGCAAAGUGCUUCCUGUAUGUCACAGAUUGUGUCAUGGGAGAAAUAGAGAAGAUGUCGGAGAGAUAUCGGGUGGCUUUAAAAAUUCUUCGUGAUGAGAGGAUUCAAAGGUUGACUUGCCAACAUAAGGGGACUUAUGCUGAUGAUUGUUUAGUUGAGCGCUGCAAAUCCCGUUGUUACAUCGUUGCUACUUGUGAUCGUGACCUGAGACGCCGUAUCAGGAAAAUAACUGGAGUACCUAUAAUGUAUAUACAUGGACAUCGCGUUGUAAUUGAGAAAAUGCCCAUGGCACUGGGAGCUCCAAAGCUGUAAAUAUUUCUUGUUAAAGCAUGAUAUUUAAAUAAAUAUACAAAUACCUAAAUACUAAUUCAUUUCUGUGAUUCCUUCGUUUCGAAAUAAAAGCCGGACCACAAAAUAUUUAAUCAUAGAGACCUCACACAUAUCAGUGUGGCUUUUGUGGUGUCAAAUAAUUGUUCAUGAUCUACAUAUGGGUAGUGUCACGUUUCAAAUUUCAAAAUCUGUUCUGUUACUUUACUUUCUUUGUUGUAGCAUGUAAUAUUUAGUUUUAGUUCGAUAUUACGUGGGUUACGUCUUCUGGUAACAAUAAUAAAUUAUUGCUCAUUUGCA